CAGUGGCACAGAGGGCUGGGCUGAGGAGCCUCUCGCCAACCUCUCCACUUGGUGAGGGGUUCCUGGAGUGAGUAGGUAGCUCAUAUAGAGGUCAGUAAGUGAGAUGGAUCUGAAACUUUAAGAUACAAAACAAAGAAUAAAUACAUCCCACACCCAUCCUGACACCUGUUUUUGGUGGGGCUAAGGCUAACUGGAUUUGUAUCAGCAGCACCAACCAGCAGCAGCACUGCUGUGAAGGGGGUGGAGACUCGAUGGCUCACCAGGAAUGCUUGUCAAACGCAUUUUCCUUUUUAUUUCCGGAAUAAUUUUCAAGAGACGGACAGGAGCUGCAGAACAGCCACAGUGCUCAGACUGCUGCCCGUGCAGAGCCUGGCACCACAGGUGUUGGAGCACCUUCCCUCCCUUCCUCCUCUGGAAACCUUUCCCUGCGGACAGACCGCACUGGGGACACACAGCCACCCGCAGGCUCUUCAAGAAGUGAUCAGUUCAAGCCUGGGAGGCCCAACAGGUCUGCACUCAGACCUUCGCAGCUCCCUGGGGUGACUCAGAGGAGGAGACAACCUGCAGCUUUGGCCACCCUACAGCAGAGCUGGAGAGAAGUACCCAUCCUCACGGGAACAGCAUAGCCAGUUCUCCCAGAGUGGUAUCUCCCUAGACCACCCCCUUCUGCUGGACCCACGUCCUGCCAAGCCUUCGUCCUGGGGAGUGAACUCUUCUUCUCCUUCCCCCAGUCACCACCAUUACAGCUGCAGAUACUGUGGAGACCUCGACCAGCUGCACUGGUGGCUGCUUCUUUCACUGUGGCUGAGAGGACUGUUUUAGCACCACGAGCUGCAGGAAUGGAGCUGGCUGAACCACAGAGUUGAGUCUCCCCACUACAGUAAGAGAAAAAACAGCACCACCACCACCACAGUGCACCUUUCACUGUGACCCCAGUGACUAGGCUGUGGAUGGUUACUGCUGGCUGUGAAUGCCACACUGAGCAGGUGUAUUUAACCUGUGAAUAAUGGAUAUGAUUCUUGCUAACAAAAUUGUAACUAUAUCAAUAUUUUAGAAAAUAAUUGUUACAAAAUAAAAACUAUAUGUGAUUAGUGUUACAAAGCAGAUGUGUCCCUUUGCAGAUGUCACAAGUGAAAAACAGGAUGUAGGCUGUAAUAUUGAGAUAAGCAAGAUCCCAAAACAGAAUCGACCUGGGGAUGAACAAAGUUGGGACAAUUUCAGAUAUGGAAUCUAAAGGAGUGGUUUUAUCUACUAAAUGAUAAGGCUUAUUUGGAACAUAAUGCCUACUUACCUAACACAGAGCUUAAUGUGCAUGGGCAACCUGUAAAGUUAUUCAGGGGACAGAGAGGAAGACGGCGAGCCUUCCUCUGAAAAGACCACCAGAGCCAGGAGACCCCUAACAACAAAUGGAGCAUGUGCUGUGCAGUACAGUGAUGCAGAUUUCAAGAAUUGAAAAUAGGAGGAGAUUUGCAGGAAAAUACUGAUGAAUGUGUAUUAGCGUGCAGUAGAUAAAUUGGGUUUGGAUUCCUGUGUUUCAUACAUGAGGCAGGGUGAGAAACCCUCCCCUUAGCCUGGUAGGUUUUGCUUUUGCUUUAUACGAAUCUUAAUCAUACUUAAUUAAUCACUUCCAAAUUUCUGUAUAUGCUUGAUUAUAUUUAAUAUACUUGAUUGUAUUAUUUUAUAUAAAAUUGCUGCUCAAUUAAAAUUGCUGCUAAAUUCAAUUUUGUUGCUUAUUAAAUUAGACAUCUAGAACUUCAUUCAUAACAAACCCAUUCCUUUUGCAGUAACAGAACAGGCUGUCCGUGCUGCCACCCAUCUCUGAAUCCCUGGAAUGGAGGCUGGGCACAGGAAGGAUGUCAUGACUCAGGGGAGGACACCCCACUAAACAGAAACCGUCUGCUGGCUUGGGCAGUGAGUCGAACUUCUUCUUGGAAAUUUUGUAUGUUACAGAAGGAACUGUUGGGCUCAGCUGUCAGCACAAACCUCUACAGCAACCCCCUAUUUCUUUCACAUCCACGUGUGUGUCAGAGGCAGGAGCAGCUGCUUUCACACAGAAGCAGCACAGCUGGCAAGAACAGGCUUCUAGAGGUACAGACAUGACCUUGGAAGAAAAAAGGUUUUGUUCAUUAACAGAGGGAUUUCCGUCACUAAGAACAAUGGAUUACAAAACGUUACCUGUGAGUGAAUGGGUUGAGAACCACGUCAAAUGCUGGCUGGAAUCUACUGGAAUCAAGAAGGAGUAUGUAGAUAAACUAUAUGCAGAAGAAGUGACAGGUCCAGCAUUAAUGGAACUGGAUGAGUCUUUCCUCAAAGACAUAGGAAUGAAGAAAGGCCAAAUCCAGAUCUUAAUCCGCAAGAGAAAUGAACUUCUGCAGCGCCAGGACAAUGCACAGCAAGCUGAGGACUCCAGCAGCAAAACGCCUGACAGAAGGGAUGCAGAAACAGCCAGAGCCAGCAAUGCCCCUGCUCAGGGCACAGCGAGUGGAGGCAGCUCUGGUGCUGUGGGUACCACCAGCAGCGAGAGCACAGCUCCUACUUCUGGCAAGAAGCAAAAAAGAAGCAAGAAAUCCCAGCUUCAACGAGCUGAUGAAGUCUUAGAGGUCAGAAACUGUCGGCCAUUUAAAAGUCAGGAUACCGAUUUCAAGUAUGUGAAAGACACAGUUCUUGCUCCAGAAUCAGGAGUCAGCGAUUUAAUCAUUCCUUGCCAUGAAUACAAAUCCUGUGACACUGCUGCAGAACUGAACAAACAGCAGCUGCAAUCAAAAUUUGCCUCUGAAGUGAUAAGAUUUGCUUCGGCCUGCAUGAACAUUCGAACAAAUGGCACCAUCCAUUUUGGUGUCAUGGACAGUGUUGAGGACAAGGGCUGGAAACACGGACAGAUCGUUGGCAUAAAGGUCAAAAACCGAGAAGACUAUGUUGAUGCACUGGAUCAUAUAGAAAAGUGCUUUUGUAAUAAUUUACAAGAAAUUGCAAGGAAGUGUAUUCACCCACCUGUGUUUGUUGAAGUGAUUUCAAGAGACUCUCAAGAACAAAGAUUUGUAGUGGAGGUUGACAUUGAACCAACAUUCAGCUUGGUAAAGAACAAAUAUUUUGAAGUUUUUUUGCCAAAAUACAAUGAAAGCAGUCAGAAGGUGAUCCUGACCAAAGAACCAGCACUCUACCAGAGACUGGGAGCCAAGUCUGAGCCUGUGCAGCGCAGCAAACUCGCUGCUUUCUUUCAAGCCGUGCCAGACAGGGAUGCUCAAAGACAAAGAGCUGAGCUCUCCAGCACACAAGUACCUACAGAAAUACCUCAAGAUUUAGGGAGAAAGUUAUCAAUUCUAUUAAAUGAUGGCAAAAGCUACAUGGAUGAUUCCCUACGGUACAUCCUUGUCACAAACAGAUGUGAACAGGAUAAUCUGAACAACAUUGACUUUUUAAUGCACUUGAAUAUUUUCUGUGUCUUUGACUUUGAUGAACAUUCUAAUGUGUCAGGGCUGUACAGCAAAUACAAAGAACACCAUGAAACAAGUUCUUAUUUUUUACAGGAUUUUUUCAAAGAAAUUAAGACUGAUAAUUCUCCCUCUCAGAAACUGUUUGAUCAGACCAGCUGGAUAUUCUGCAAUGGGCGCAGUGACUUCCUUGGGGAUGAGAAAGCUUGUGAUGAAAAUACAUGGAUUAGAACCAAAAAAAAAUACCUGAAGAAAGUAAUUACUUGUAUCUGUGAGGAAAUUCUGCCGGAGCGCUCUUUCAUUGUGCUUUUUCUAUUGCUGUCACCAGUGCAGAAACCACUUGUGGACACUUUUCAGGAAUUCUAUACAGAGAUGAAUGGCAUGGAGUACCUUAUCUGCAUUGCAGAGUCCAGAGAAAAUUACAGGAAGUGGGCUAAUCUAGCUCAGGAAUCCUGCAGCAUUGAGACCCUAGAACAAUGCAGUAUUGUGGGUAUGAAGCUCAGUCAUGUGGAUGCCACCAUCCAAUCAAUGCUGCCUUCUACAGCCCAACCCAGACACAUGCCAGCUUCCACGGGAGGCGUGUGUACGCUUCCCUUGCGGGAAGAAGAGAAACUGUAUUCCCUAGAAAUCCUUUGUGCUGACCAAUGUGAUGAUAUCAAAUUAAAUCUUUGGACUGAAAAACAAAAACAAGAAAUAGAACAAAAUUUUUACCGCGGGGGAAAAAUCAUGUGGGAAAACUUGUGGCUUGCUGAUAAUAAACUCUGUGGGGACAUCAUUGAACGUGAAGCAUGUGCAGAGGCAAGCAAACUGCUGGAUGGCAUUUUACGAGGAGGUGGGCACAAUUAUUCUGUGGCUAAACUAAAGAUAUUUCACCAUCCUGGGAGUGGUGGAAGCACAAUAGCACGGCAAGUUCUAUGGAAAAGCAGAAAGCGUUUGAGAUGUGCUGUUAUCAAGACCUCAUAUUCACCCUCAACUGUUUGUAAUCACGUGCUUGCCCUUAGAGAUUAUGAAGAAAAGGAAAUCACUCACUGUUUUCCUGUCCUGCUCCUGAUCGAAGAUUACGAUGACGAGUACUUUGAGGAACUACAGAGUGAGUUAAUAGAGGCUGUAGCAACCAGGAAAAUGAAUACCUCCAGGCCUUACUUCAUCCUCAUAUGCUGUAGACGAUGCAAUGACCCUGAAAGGCUUUGCAAGGCUUCGCCACUGGACACAGUUGCUGUCACUCACAAACUGACAGAGUCAGAGAAAAAUCUGUUUAACACCAAACUUGUGAAACUGCAGCAGAAAUAUGAUGAGCCAGAAUUCAUACUUACGUUUGUGCUGAUGUGUGAGGAGUUCAAUAAAACAUAUGUGUCAGACAUGGUAGAGCACAUCCUGCAAGGCAUCGACCCUUCCUCUCGUGACACCUGCUUGAUGCGUUACAUUGCUCUGCUCAACUGCUAUGUACCAAAUUCAUACCUUUCACUGUCACACUGUGAGGCUUUUCUGGGGCUGGGGGCAUAUACAGAGAGUAAAGCAAGAGCAUAUGAUUUCAAACAUCACUUGAGUGAUCAAGUAAGAAUGAUUUUUAUUGAGCUAAGGGAAAGCACCACUUAUAUUUCAUCUAUUCGGAUAAUACACUGCCUGGUUGCAAAAGAAAUUCUGCAUCAGCUUUCAGGGAAUCAAUCAUUAAGUCAACUUGCAACAACUCUUCUUCAGGAAAAGAUGCUAUUUGAAAACAGAUUUGGACGAGAAGAAUUCAUAAAGUUUAUCAGACAUCUGUUUAUUCGACGUGAUAAAAGAAGCAGGGGUGACAAUACUGACACUCUCUUCUCCCCAUUCAUUGAACAUGUCUGUGAAGCUGAAGACUGUGAAAAAGCCAUUGCUGUUUUAAAAGCUGCAUAUGAGCUCCUUGGAAAAGAUCCUUUUUUUGCCCAGCAGCUUGCCAGACUAAAUUACAGCAAUGAAAAAUUUGAAGAUGCUAAAUACUGGGCACAGGUUGCAAAAUCACAUUUGCCAACUGAUUCUUUUAUUUUGGAUACAGAAGGUCAAGUCUACAGGAGAUGGUUUAGUUUCACUGUGGAUAAAAUGACAGAGGAAGAUACCCCUGAAAGGAUCACUGAGAAGAUAUUGCUUGCCCUUGAAGCUAUGAAAUGCUUCAGGGACGCACAACAGGCAGCAAAGGCAGAACGUGAAAGUAUGAACAAUGCUGGCUAUUUUGGAGAAGUAGAAGUAGGCUGUCGCCUUCUUCGAUUUUUGUCCACACUGCCUGUAUUCCACAGAAGCCCAGAGGGGGAACAUACUGAGCUUGUGAAAUAUCUCACCACCGAUUACAUUCCUGAAGACAUAAAAAGAACAUGGGGAAGGCUUCAUUCACGUUUGAAAGGCUUGCGCCAGAACCUGUACAAUGCUCUGGAAUGGAUUUCAGAAGAACUAAGUUAUUUCCAAACAGAUAAAAACCAAGAGAAGGACGAUGAAAAUGAUGAUAAGGAAGAACAAAUUCAUAAUCCCAGAAAAUGGCUGAGAAAGCAGUCAGCUGUAUAUGCUAAAUUCUUCAUCUCAGCAUCACUUACAGAUGACAGCAACAAUGGUCCUGACACUCAGCUCAUGAGACGCAUGAGUAUUUAUGGGAGCGGUGGAGGAAAUGUCACCAAUAUCCUGUCUUUCUUAACAGAUAAGAAAGAGAACAGAUCAGCUGAAAAGCUAGAAAGGAUCCUUAGUUUCUAUCCAGAAAACCCAUCGAGGAACAAGUUGGAGGACAAUGAUUUGAUCAAUUUUAUUUUGUGCCACAUCACAUUAGCCUGCUUAGCACCAGGAUCAGCCAAACUCCUUCCACUGCCAACUCUUCGUGAGCUCAGUCUAAGAUUCUUCAAAGGAAAGAGACAAUUUCCAGCAAGUGCCUAUUUUUUGCUCACCUUGCUGUACUGGCCAGAUGAGGCAUUAGACAAAGAGCCUAAUCCUGAUAAAGAUGAAAUUUUAACUUCAGCUCUUCAAACCCUGAAACGCCUAUAUGACAUCAAAAUGAAAGAUGUUCCUACCAGAAAGAAAAGAAUCUACACCCAUUUUUUUCUGGGAAAGGGUUAUGGCUUAAGUAAGAUAGUGCACAAAACUAAAAUUGACAAAUUGAUGGUGGGGUCCUUAGAUGAGAGGAGAAUGAAGUGGCUGCAUGGAACUGUAUGGAAUAUUUUCAAAAUUCGUGACAAUCUCAAAAGAGUUUCUGGCUGGACCCAGGACAGAAAUAUAUUUAUACGAGGUCACGGGAAGGAACUCCGUAUCUUGCCACUCCAUCAUGAAUCAGUGCCUGCUGGAAGUGAAAAUGUGACCUUUUAUUUAGGCUUUUCAUUUAAUGGUCUUGUUGCUUUCAAUAUUGAGGUUGAAAAUGAUCCAGCCACCAAAAGAACCUAAGGUAUGUAGUACAGUACUGUAUGCACUGUGCUCUUAGAGGGUACAGCACUGGAAGGGUCCAGUCUCACAUUUCAAACCAAAAGUGGAUGGUUCUUGGGUGUCACCUACAUGUUUUAUGAAAAAUCCUUUCCUUAGGAUUUUUCCUCCCGAGAAGCUGAGAGGCCUCAGGAACAAAAUGUAAACAAUGAUUAUCUGCUGCUGUGGAAUGGAAUGCAACAAGUGGAUCUGUGAUUGGUCUCGUGUGAUUGUUUCUAAUUAAUGGCUAAUCACAGUCCACCUAUCUUGGACUGUCUCGAUCAGUCCAAGCCUUUGUUAUUCAUUCCUCUUCUACUCUUAGCUAGCCUUCUGAUGGAAUCCUUUCUUCUAUUCUUUUAGUAUAGUUUUAAUACAAUAUAUAUCAUUAAAUAAUAAGUCAAGCCUUUUGAAACAUGGAGUCAAGAUUCUUGUGUCUUCCCUCAUCCUGGAACCCCUGUGAACACCGUCACAACCAGGCAACAAGAAAAUCAGAAUAAACAACUAUAAUAGUGACCGAAUAACUAAAAAAAAAAAAAUUAAACUAUGAGUAGAGUGAACUUUGAGCCACGUCUUUGAUAGUUUUGGAGUUACAGAAAGCAAGAUUUCAAACCAAAGACAACAAUUGAUCUGUUUUCUUCUUAUCCCACAGAUUAGGAUUUUAAAUUAAUUUCCAUGUAGUCUUGAUCAGCAAAAGAAUUUGUCCAGUGUAACUACAUUUUCCUUCCUGAAUCAGCAACAGAAAAAUGAACUCGGACCACAUACACUGCUGACAUGUACCAUGUAUGAAAUAACUACCAACUGCAAAGCCAGUGUCAGUAUGGAAGCAAUUUUAAAGCUGAUAAAAAACAAUCAGACUGAUAAAAAACAGGUCUCAAAUUCUGCAUAAUUCUACAUUGCUUCUCUAUGUAAAUAUUACCUUACUAGACAUAUGAGUAUCUGGGGUGGGGUGGAGAGAUAUGUGAGCAGAGUCAUGGGUGACAAAAAAGAUUAGUUGUAUGCACUGUUAUGUGUUCAUAGUCCAAACAAUUCCUGCACUUGGUGAAAUUACUUUGCAUUAUGAGCCAAGGAAUGCCACAGAAUACAGAACUGAAAUUUGUCUAGAGCAUACAUCCAUGAUUUGAAAAAUGCAGAGGAGGUCUUCAGUGCUGUGUUUGCAACCAUGAUGUCACAUUCAGCUUCUAAUAACAAAAGUGUGUGUUCUUGGAGUUUCCCAUUGUUUGAUAUAAGAUGUUGUGACUAAAAUUGCCAAAACCCCCUGACAUAUAACUUGUUUUAAUCAAAUAAAUAUCUUUUAUGAAGGA